AUGGUCAACAGGAAAAGCAUCUUCUGGACAUCGUCGACUGCUGUAUUCUCCCUAUUUAUUAUACUAUGUCUCCAGGUCUCCAAUAGUUCCGCCAAGUUGACAGAGUGGCACGGAACGCAUUGGUGCAUAUGCUUCUCCAACUAUACUAUCUUACCGCUCUACUGGCCUGAGAAGCCUUCUCAACCCUGUCUCACAUGCACGAAGCAAUGGUGUCUCGACCAGGAAUUAGAUAUCUGUGCUGGGGCUGUUUUGGAACCUACGGAUCCAGACACUGCGACUGGGAAAGAAGGCGACGUCGAGGCUCGGUGCUUUGAGAGAGACUCGCCACGUGAUCAACUCGUCGUUACCCUUUUCUUGAUCAUUGUCUUUGGACUCUUGGUGGGCGCGGCUAUCAAAGGUCGAAUGGACAAGGCAAACUUGGCGGUCAACUGGAACGUUGGGACCAAGCGUUGGUGGGAGACGUGGCUUCCCUCACGUCAAAGAGAUAGUCCAUUUACCACUCGGCAGCAACAACGCUCGGGGGGUUACGUCGAUCUUCAAUCUGAAGAAAGGACUGAUCUAUAG